AGUCCACCCCGCGAGCUCUCCAUGUUGAAACCGAGCAACUUCUCCUCUGGCGGUUCUCCUCCUCAACCCAGCUGCCCUCCCACUGCUCCCUGCUAUGACACCGAACUGGGAAGGGACCUGCUAAACUGUACGAGCGCAGCCCUCGAUACAAGAAAACGGUGAGACUGGCUGAUCCAACGAAAGCCUCUUGAUGCUGUUUCUCCUGCAGUUCAGGUGAAAGGAUAAGCAGACUGUCAGCAUGAAGGAGGAGAGUGUAUUCCAUCGAAGGCUGUCUCUUUGCCCUAGUGCCACCUCCCCACCAAAAAUUGAUUCUCGCACUCGGAACCUGUCUUAUGGAGGAGGCAACGAGAUCUACAACCUCAGUCCAGGCAGUGAGACAGACAGGAACGCUCUCUCCAUGCUGAGUAAUGAAUUUAGUCCUGCCCAAUCACCAGACAGCAAGUCUGAGUCCAGGAUGUUUAAUGGUGUUGAGAAGGACUGCCCCUCCCCCACAGAGAAACUGGCUCGAAAGGAGUCUCUCAAGGUUCAAAAGCAGAAUUAUCGGCAGGAAAAGAAACGGGCAGCUAAGGAACUCUCUAGUGCACUUAAGGACCCCAGUGUUGUCAUCAUGUCCAACUGGCUCAAGAUCCGUGGUUAUUUAAAAGGUUGGACCAAGCUAUGGUGCGCCUUGAAGCCUGGUGUUCUUUUAAUAUAUAAGACUCCAAAAACAGAUCACUGGGUGGGCACUAUUCUUCUCAAUGCAUGCAAGCUGAUUGAGAGACCCUCCAAGAAGGAUGGCUUCUGCUUCAAGCUCUACCACCCAUUGGACAAAUCCAUCUGGGCAGUAAAGGGUCCCAAAGGAGAAAAUGUUGGUUCCAUCACACAGCCUUUACCCAGCAACUACCUGAUCUUUAGAGCUACAUCAGAGUCAGAUGGCCGGUGCUGGAUGGAUGCCCUGGAGCUGGCUCUGAGCUGCUCCAGUCUCUACAAGCUGACAGCCAAAACUGGGAAAGAGGGAGACAUCAGCAUCUCAGAGUCCCCACAAAUACUCCACCUGCUGCAGUCCUCUCCGCUCACUGAUACAGAGCUGCAAGAGUUGCAUGAGGCAUCCCUACUUUGCAAUCAUCACAUGGAGCAUGACGCCUUCUCUGACAAAUCAGAGCGAGAAACUCAUGAUGACUGGGACACCUCAGCUAAUGACAACGGUGGAAGGCUGACAGAGGAGAGCGACAUAGAGCAGCUAGACGAGAUGCCCCCCGCGCCACAAGCCACUGCUUAUGUAGAGCAGAGCGCCGAGGAGAUGGCUGAGGCUGGUGAAGCCUCUCAGGUCGAGACCGUAUCAGAUGAGAACAAAGGUCUGAUCUGGGGUCUGCUGAAGCAGCUGCGACCAGGCAUGGACCUGUCGAAGGUGGUUCUGCCAACCUUCAUCCUGGAGCCUCGCUCCUUCCUAGACAAGCUGUCUGACUACUAUUACCACGCUGAUCUGCUCUCACAGGCUGCACUAGAAGACAGUGCUUAUGGUCGGAUUAAGCAGGUGCUGAGAUGGUACCUGUCUGGUUUCUACAAGAAGCCAAAAGGGCUGAAAAAGCCAUACAACCCAAUCCUGGGGGAGACGUUUCGCUGCUGCUGGCUUCAUCCUCAGACUGACAGCUGCACGUUCUACAUAGCUGAGCAGGUGUCCCAUCAUCCACCCAUCUCUGCCUUUUAUGUCUGCAAUAGGAAGGAUGGAUUUUGUAUCAGUGGGAGCAUCCUGGCCAAGUCGAAGUUCUAUGGUAACUCCCUGUCAGCUAUUCUGGAAGGCAAAGCUAGACUGUUGUUCAUGAGCAGGGAGGAGGAAUAUGUCAUCACCAUGCCCUACGCUCACUGCAAAGGUAUCUUGUAUGGAACCAUGACAUUGGAGCUGGGAGGGAAAAUUACCAUUGAAUGUGAGAAAACAAAAUGUCUUGCUGAGCUGGAGUUCAAGCUGAAGCCUUUUCUUGGAGGCUCCGGUUCUGUAAAUCAGGUCAGUGGGAAGAUCUUCCUGGGAGAGGAGCUCAUGGCCACUGUAGAUGGACACUGGGACAGCGAGGUGUUUAUCCAAGAGAGGCGCUCAGGCCAGCAAGAAACUUUGUGGAACCCAACUCCAGACAUUCGCAGCAGGCGCCUCAAGCGUCAAGUGGUCCAGUUAGACCAGCAGGGGGAGUUUGAGUCUGAAAGACUGUGGCAGCACGUGACUCGUGCCAUUAUGGAACGGGACCAGGUGAAGGCGACGCAGGAGAAGUUUGUGUUGGAGGAUGCGCAGCGGCAAGGGGCCAGAGAGAGGGGGGACAAAGCCUGGAUCCCUCAGCUUUUCCAGCUGGACCCCAUCACCUCAGAGUGGACCUACAGACACAUGGACACUCGACCGUGGGACCCUGAGGUUUGUCUUGUUCAGUUUGAGAAGGACCGAGUCAUUCAGACACACGAGAAGAGCCUGAGACAACCCAACGGGAUCUCCUUCAGCCACAACUGGGCCAGUCAGCGCAAGGCCCAAGUGAAUGGGAAGCACCGGAAAGCGAGCAGCCAGCCGUCCACCUGCAGCCAGAACACAGAGAGUAGCGGCUCUACACCCGAACCUGCACACGAGUCCUCRGACAACGAAGAUUUUUCCAACCAGUGUGCUCGCUGCAGUAAAGAGAAGAACGACUUUGCCCUGAUAGAGGCCUCCAUCACAUCUAUACAGAAGACACAGCAAGAUAUUCAGAAGAACCUGGUGACUCUGAGCCGCCAGCUGUCUCAUCAGAGGGCGACGGAGGACAGCUUGUCGUUAACGGGCCGCCACUGCCUCAUCCUCUGCGUCCUGCUCCUCUCCCAGCUCCUCCUCAACUACGUCUUCACCUGAGCCAGCUCGUCGGGGAGAAGCUGCACUUCAGCACUGAUCUGAACUAACUCCUAACGGACACAAAGGGACAGAGGACUCGGAUCAGUGUUAGGGGUGUCACUUCGGGAGCGGGGAGGAGCAGAGUCCUUAUAGCAAUAAAACAGUCACAGCCACGUCUGUCGGUCAUCUGCAGAGGAGCAGGUUCUUCUAGUGUAGCGAGACCGAAACAGCACCGGCACCCACGCACUUUGAACAGGAGAGGGAAACAAACUGUCAGCUUGAUUUAAAAAAAAAAAAGAGAGAUGCUCAAUAAAUGAAGAGAAAAAGAAAACAAGAGAGGAUGUUUCACCAUUCCUUAGUGUCUUCUUAAAAAUAUUUCCCUGCAAUACUGUUCGUCUGUGAAUGUGCCUGUUUGUGUUGUUUGUAUUUACAGUAAGCCCUAUGGGCACAAAGAUCACGGCUCGGACUUGUCAUCCCCCCCACUCCACUCCAGAUUAUGGGCCUUAACGCUGAAGCCAAAAACAAGACAGACACCGGAUACAGAAAUGAAGAAACCGUGCAAUUGUUGUGUUUUCUAUCACUCAAAUACACUCUGUCUCGUCUUUUUAAUAAUGAUUUUACCAAAAACAGUAUUUAUAAUCUGAAAGGACAAAGAGUAUUUGUUUACAAGAGAAACUGCGUGUGUUUGGAGCGACACACUGAGAAGAGGAACGGGAUGGAGGCAGGGCAGAGAGCCAAACAGAGUGUCUUUGUAUUUGUGUGCCUGUACUGCUGCGUCCGAGGGGAGAAAGGAAUCGCACUGAUUCAGUCAGUAAAAAUAGUUCGUACAAUCAUCCGCUUAGAGAAGGAGCAAAAAAAAAAUAGACAAAUGGAAGUUUAUAUUAAAAAAAAAAGAAUACAUGAGCCUAAAGGAAGAGAUUGUUGUGAGCAUCUUGGUCGACACCGUGUUCAAGUGACUAUCUUAGAUGUAAACUUUCGUAUAAAAAGAAAGAAAAGGUUUUCUUUUAAUCAGUUUGUAUAUAUUUGUCUGUUUCAAAGAGAUUCGAGAAUGUAUUUAUUACGUGAUUCACCUUGACUUUCCUGAACUAAAUGAACGAGGAGGACCUGAGGUAAUUCCUCUCCUGAGGUGUGUGUCAGUUUGUCUCUCUCUGUAUGCCUGUUACUGUGAUGGAGCACACGUAUGAGUCAUGAUCCUACUAAACACGUCACGUCUGCGAUUCUAAGUUUUAUCUGUUUUACAGUCUGAUCGCCAGAACUGAUCGAGUUAGAUUAGUGAACAGCACAAAAAGGAAGUCAGCUCUGUGAAGUUUAUUUUUUAUACACCUUAAUUGUUCUUUUCACUGGUAUCUUUGUUUUCUACUUUGCUGCCAUGUUGUAGGGGAUUGUACACGCCAGAGACAUUUGUCACGGAACAAAAUAACAUGUUGAUGCYUGAUGUUUGCAUUCAUACUUGUAUACUGUAGCACUACAGUAAAAGGUUUCACCCUU